AGGUAGGUGAGGUGGAGGUGGAGGUGGUAGGGUGAAAGAUAAGUGAGGGGGGAGGCAGUGGCGGCGGGCGGACGUUUGUCACUGAUGUGAUGCCCAAGGUUUCUGUGGAUACCCGAGUGCAAGGGUUUGUCCUGAGUAAAGCAGUCGGGACUUUCUCUUCUGUCCCGUCUCCUGGAUGGAGAUUGCAACAGAAUAAUCUGCGCUGAUUUCUCUGCAGUUGGUUCUGGAGAUGGAUGGAACAGAAUACAUGAUUAAGGUGCUUUCGAGGUUUAGAAUGGUUGACUUCCCCGAGUUGUUGAAGUCCUGGGAUGUUCUGUCCGAAAGACAACUUCAAAGUGUGAACUUCAACAGAAACACAAGAAAAGAUGCGAUUUUGCAGUUAGCUGCACUUUGUGAGGACAAUGGUGUAACACUCAAACAAAUAGCAGAUUUAGAAAUUAUUUAUAAUUGUGCAUACCCUCAGAAGAGAAGAUGGUGUACCUAUCAAAUGUUUAGUUCAAAAGGUGUGGAAGAAGCAAAGUUAUUUGAUUUUGAAGUCUUCAGAAAGACAUUCGAAAGAAAUCUCAAAAUGCUCAUAAGAAGUGUCAUGAUUAACAUCUUAGAACAUGGGGAAGCCGUCUGGAUCAGAAUUGCUUGGGGUAAACGUCAUUCCCCACCUAACCAGCAAAGACCUUCAUAUGUAGUCCACUACCCACAGACUCCUUAUGUUUUCAUGGCUAAUCUUGCUGCACAGUACAGAGUGCAUGUUUCUCAGGCUUUGGUUGUUGCAACUGAACAUAACAUGCUUAAGGAGCUGGAUCUUCGAGGCCAUUGCUUGAAUUCCCUCCGAGACAUCGCUCUGAAAAGAUUUAACCCGACACUUUCUGCACAUUGCAGGAAACCUCUACAACAGCUAAACUCCAGCCAGGACUCUGCACAAAAUCAGAGAAUCACUGUAGAAAAUCUCAGAGAGAAAGAAGAGGCCAAAAGAUUAACAGCAGCAGCAUUUGGAGAAGGAUCCCUACCAAAACUGGAGGAGGUUCAGUACAGGUUGCAAACUGUCUUUAAGGAUGAACGCAACAUGGGGAUUUUAUCAGACAGAAACAAACCAUUCCGAUGUGUGGCAAAAUUUUCCAGUCCAAAUAUUCUUGAAUCGUUGAGAGCACUACCAGAAUUAGGAAUUGCUGAGGUUCCCAUUUCAACCAUGUUCAGCAGUAUUCCAGAAAAGGGGAAGAAUUAUUUCAAGAUAACAGACAAAAGGACUGGGCAUAAUACAUCAGCCCUUUAACUCUAUAGUCCAAGUCAAAGGGUAUUCUGUAAAUAUGUGUAUGUUUCCUAUGGAAAAAUUUUUCUGCUCCUGUAUUGUAAUGUACUUUUUGGAUACCCCUGAUGUGCUAACCAAAACCUUGCAUGGUAUGAAUGAUGUGACAUUGUGACCAUCUUGAAGUGAAUAGCCAUUAUCUGGACAAAACAGUUCAUAAAUUCCUUUUUAUUGGCAUAAUGUUUCUUGUGGGGCCAGUUCAUUAAUUUGAGUGCAAAGCAAUUUUUUUUCCUACUCUUAGGUUCCCCUCUGCACAAGCAAGGUGGUAGGGUAAUUGAGGUUAGCAGUUAAUCGCCCAUUGAAAUAACUGUUCAGACUCAUGGGUGUGUAAUAGCACUUGUUCCUAUAUCUAGAGGCUGUCAUCAUGUGAGCCAUAACCAUCCCAAAGGAGUUUUUUUAGAGGAAGAAAAAAUUACUCGUAUUUAACUCAAGUUGUGAUUCAUUGCAUUGCGGUUUAUAGCACUCUUAAUCACUCAGACUUGAACAAAAAUCUAGGCUGACAUGUCAGUGCAAUGCUGAGGGUGUUAUGCAUUGUCAGAGAUGCCAUCUUUUAAAUAAGACUAUAAACAUGAGAUCUAUCUGCUCAGUGAACAGAAAGUUCCCGUGGCUGUUUUGAAAAAUAAUCGGAAAUAGUUCCUUGAGUACUAGCUAACCCCUCACUUGUCAGCAUUUUUUUUAGACAUAAACCUGAUCAUUUUGACUUUGGUGUUUGUGAGAGCUUGCUGGAUACAAAUUUGUCUUUUGGGCCUGAUUACAAAAGUUACCUUAUUUGAGUAUGUUCCUCAUUGGCUGCAAAGCACUUUGGAACAUAUAGUGCCUUUCAUGUCACUUUGAUGUAAAUGAAGUUUCUUUCUGAGAAUGUCUCUCAGUAUUUGCAAAUGCGCUUCUCACUAAACCCUCCAUUCACCACCCCACCCUUCCAAUAUCACGAUACUUGAUCCUGCUUGGGAAUUGAUCUUUUAAAUUGGCUUUCAAACAAUAUCCACCCUUAAAAAUAUUGAAAUAUCCUCUGCUCUCUCGAUCUUGACAAUCAAAAGGUUGAAGUAUGGUGCAAUUGUAGUACUUUAAGCUGACAUCUAUUUCCAUAGUGAUAUCUUGCAGGUGCUUUUUGUUUUAAAUUCAUUGGUCUCUGGGCCAGUCAUAUUUUCAGUAUCAUUGAUUUUAAACUAAUUUAGUUAAUCUGGAAAUUUAACAAAUUAUAGCUUAACUGAGAAAAUAAAUUUGUGUUUCCUCUUCUUGGUUUUAAUAUUUUCCCUGGCUUUUUCUUCCUCUUGCAAUGAUGUUGAUUUUACUUUUCCUACUAUUAGUUUUUAGGGACACCAAAAAACUACUUAAUCCCAUGAAUUUUCCACUAAUAACCCAAUUUUUUUUUUCUUCCCCACCUGCCCCAAUUUUCUGACAUCUUUUCCAACUAGAAUUUUGAAGUUCAAAGUUCUGGCCAUGAUCUAACCUGCUAUUUAGACAAAGCUUUACCACAGCAUAUUCUUCUCAGAAUCUCAAGUCACUAGGUUGGAGGAAAUGCUUGCAUAUCAUUUCCAUUCUGCCUUCUGUCAAACACCUGCAUUUAUGGGUUGGAAUAUAAUUCUCUAUAGUUCAAAUUUUUGAUUCUGAAGAAAGCAGACAGUUUAAGAAAAUAACAUUUAUGUUUGAGGAAGUUUUUUUUUAAACAUGGGGGGGGAAAAAAGUCUAUCUUUAUGGCUUUGGAUUAUUCCUGUUGUAUUAUAGCUGCAAAUUUUUUUGAAAUGGGGUAAUUUAUUCCUUGCUUUCCAAGAAAUCAAUUGUAUAAUUAUGCUUUGGAUUUAAUUUAAAAUGCAGUAGAGGCUUUUAAGUCUCUCGUCCUUGCUUCGACUAUAAUUUAGACAUUAUUUUGCCAGCACUUGCUAGUUUGUAUUUGUUUCCCUCAAAGCUGGUGCCUACUUUUGGCAGGGGAUCAUUAAACAGGUUCCCUCCACCAUGCAAGACUGUAACUUGUUGGGUUAUUAAUGCAAACCCACACUUUGCUGCCAGGAAGGACAUCCUGCUUGUCUACUUAUUGGGGGGGGGGGGGUGGGGGUGCUGGUAGAAUAAAGGAUUAGAUUUUUAUGGAAAAGGGAGAUUGGGAUGCUAAAGUGGUUCAAUUCCAUCUGUUUUUAAUGAGCUUUGGGCUUAGAAUUAAUUUAAUAAAUAUAAAACUUUCCCUCCCUAUUCACUUGUCAAUCACUGCUACUAUAUUAGUUAUGAGACAUUGUAUUUUGCUUCAUUUGAGUUUAAUGUGGAAAUAGUAGAUUUACAGCACACAGAAUAAUUCAUUCACAAGUUAUUGGAUCUCCACAAAAAGUGAUCAGUUCUUAAAUCUGCUGUUACCAAACUUGUGCAACAUGCUAUCUGCCAGAUUAGUUAUUUACUAUACUGCCUUGGAAUUCUUAAAUUCAGUUUAUCAUAGAAGUCAUGCAAAUACUGGCUUUGUGAACUAUUGCUCAGUGGCCAUCUCUGUGUUCUCUAAUUUUGGCAAUGAAUAUUGUGCUAUUCAGUUUCUGCAAGAAUAAUAGCUGGGUCCAGCACAGUUCAUAGCAAUCUGAAAUGGAAACUCUAAUUGUGAUUUUUGACUCUGUUGGCUUGAAGGCAAUCUACAAAAACUACAAACUCUUUGCAGGCUGAGGAAAUGAACCUGGUCCUUGUUCACUGCAAACAUUACUUUGUGUAUAAUUCAGUUAUAAUAUCAGAAAUAGUCACUAUUGAUGAAGAUCUGACUGGGUGAAUAAUAGACCAUUGUAGUGAUGAAGCUUUUUUUUAAUAUAUGGUCUGUAACAAAUUUAUUGGAGCAAAAGUGAUGUUUCAUCUUCCUUCCCUUUUGAAGUUAAAUUGAAAUCCAGUUUAGCUUGUCUGUUCUGACUGUACUAUAAAGUAUUGUAAAAUUAUUAAAAUACAU